GGUCUUGAUGGAGAGCUCUUGGAUGUGAGGCUUAGUCUCCUGCAGAGGAAACAUGAGGCAUCUUCUGCUGCUCCUCGGGUUCCUGCUGCUCCAACAGGCCUGCUGCUUUGAGUUUGUGAUAGAUGGAGAAUGGGAGGAGGACGUGUCAGAUAUGCGGGAUCAUCGGGAGAGGCACAAGAGAGCCAUAUUGACCAGCGAGGAGCAGGAAGACUUUGAGGCGAUCCGUGGUGAAGACAUCACGGUGAAGAGCUACAAGGUGGAGAGCCGCAUCACGUCCCGCUUCGCCCACACCACCGUCCGGAGCUCCGUGCUCAACUCGGGCUCCAAGGCCCAGAGCAUCGGCUUCAACGUGCAGAUCCCCAAACGAGCUUUCAUCACUAACUUCACCAUGAAUGUGAACGGGAUCAUAUUCGUGGGCUCGGUGAAGGAAAAGACGGUGGCCAGGAACCUGUACGCCCAGGCCCGAGCCAGAGGCAAGGCAGCGGGCAUCGUCAGGGCCAAUUCCCAGGACAUGGAGACGUUUAAAACAGAAGUGCAUGUUCCUCCUGGCAGUAACAUUGAGUUUGAGCUGCACUACCAGGAGAUGAUGCACAGGAGGCUGGGCUUCUACGAGCACUCGCUGUUCCUGCAGCCUGGGAGGCUGGUGCCUCAGUUCCAGGUGGAUGUGUACAUCUUUGAGCCCAAUGGAAUCUCCAUGGUAGAAGCACCAAACACCCUCGGAGAGCAGUUUGUAGGGAAUAUCAAAGUGACCUCGACCAAAGAGAAGGCUCAUAUUGUCUUCAAGCCAAGCCUCCAGCAGCAGAGAAAAUGUGACAACUGCACUGGAAGCGCUAUAGACGGCAUCUUCACCGUCAGAUAUGAUGUGACCCGGGAAGGCAAUGCCGGAGAACUACAGGUCUCAGACGGCCACUUCGUGCAGUUCUUUGCUCCCUCCAACCUCUCUCCUCUCCCUAAAAACAUCGUGUUCGUCAUUGACGUCAGCGGAUCCAUGUGGGGAGUCAAGAUGAAGCAAACAGUGGAGGCCAUGCAGGCCAUUCUGGAGGACAUGGCCAUAGACGACCACUUCAGCAUCAUCGACUUCAACCACAACGUGCGCUGCUGGAACGAAGAGCUGGUGGCCGGAUCCUCCAUUCAGAUCGCAGACGCCAAGAGAUACAUCCAGGACAUCAAACCCAACGGAGGUACCAACAUUAACGAGGCUCUGAUGAGAGCUGUGCAGAUGCUGGUGAGGGCGUCCAAUCAGGGGCUCAUCGACCCCCGCUCCGUCUCCAUGAUCAUCCUGGUGUCUGACGGAGACCCCACCGUGGGAGAGAUCAAGCUGGGCACCAUCCAGAAGAAUGUGAAGCGGGUGAUGAGGGAGGAGUUUUCUCUCUUCUCGCUGGGCAUCGGCUUCGACGUGGACUAUGACUUCCUGGAGCGGAUCGCCAUGGAGAACAGAGGCAUGGCUCAGAGGAUCUACGCCAACCACGAUGCAGCAGAGCAGCUCCGGGCGUUUUACCGCCAGGUCUCCUCCCCCCUGCUGAGGACGAUCCAGGUUCAGUUCCCAGAGGACUCGGUGUCAGACGUCACCCAGAACCGCUUCGAUAAGUACUUCAGCGGCUCGGAGCUGGUGGUGGCCGGGAAAGUGAAGCCGUCGGAGAGCAACACGCUGACCAGCUUCACCACCGCCCGCGCCGCCCGUCUGGACGUCACCUUUGAGACGGAGGGAGACUUCACGGAGCUGGACACGGAGCUGGCCAAGCAGCAGCACUCCUUCACGGGCUUCGCCAGACAGAUGUGGGCCUACAUCACCGUCAAACAGCUGAUCUCUGAGAGGGCUCUGGCUCCCACGGCGGUGAAGAAGAGGAAGAUCACUCAGAGGAUCAUGGCGCUGGCUGUGGAGCAUCAGUUCGUCACUCCACUCACCGCGAUGCUGGUGGAGAGCGAGGACACCAACGAGAGGCUGCUGGCCGACUCCCCGAAGGACCCCAAACAUGGCUGCUGCUCAGGCGCAGGGUUUGGUGGAGGCCCCUCCCCGGGGCUCAAUCCAGUGAAUGUGGUGUACCAGGCCCCCCCCUGGGUCCAGAUGACCACUAACGCCCCCCCCAGCCAGGCUGUUAAGGGCAGCGAGGAGUACGCACUGCCUCCAAAGGUCAACUUAGGUUUGGUGGUGAACGGUCAGUUGGUCGGCUCUAAGCAGGCGCACAAAGGCAAACUGAGCACGUACUUCGGCACCAUCUCAGUGUACUACCAGCCCGAUGGAGUGAGCCUGACCGUCGGCACCGACAGCAUCUCCAUGACCGACGGCCAGAGAAACCACUCCUUCACCUGGGGGGCCACGGCUAAAAUCUCACAGGAUGGUGUGAGGAUCUCCAUUGUGAAGAACUCUCAUGUGGCCAUCACGAUAAAUAAUAAUAUCCAUGUGAUGGUGUUACUUCACCGUGUGUGGACGAAAAAUCCAGUCAGUGUCGACUUCCUCGGUGUUUACAUUCCCAACGAUAACCAGUACUCCCCUCUGGUGCACGGACUCAUAGGGCAGUUUUCCAGAGAGCCUGAGGUGAGCGUGCACGACAUGCACGAGGGAAUGGACCCUCUGAAGAAGGAGGCCACGAUGGAGGUGAAGGGCAACACUCUGCUUGUCACCAGGGGCUGGCAGAAGGACUACAGGCGCGAUAAGAGGCUCGGAUCAAGCAUCUACUGCUGGUUCAUUCACAACAGUGGGAAGGGCUUCAUCGACGGCCACUACACCGACUACAUCGUCCCACAUCUCAACAGCUUCCUGCAGGCGCUCUGAGCUGCCAGAGACACAUUCAAGUACCAUGCUCAUCUAUAGGGCUGCACUAUUAAUCCAAAUGUUAUCAAAAUCAAAAUAUGGACUAGUGCAAUAUUAAAAUCACAGGUAGCACAGUAUUUGUAAAAGGCUAAGUAUGUGUUCUACAGAUUUAUAAAACAUAUGUUUGGUACAGAUAUCACACCAAAAUCAUUUAAUAUUUGUUUCAAUAUUAAGAAUCAUAAUUAGAACAUGACAAAUCUCUCUAAUAUUAUGAAUAAUGUUGCAAUUGCAAUAUUAUUCAUAACAUUAGAGAGAUUUGUCAGUCAAAACAAGUCAUCUUUUCCAGAUCUUUCCACACUGCUAUUAACACCCAUUUAGAAAAAGUGAAAACAGGAGGCGUGUGGUGCUUGGAUCAGGGGGUCACAGGUUCAAACCCCACUGCAGUCAGCA